AUGGCUCCCGUAGCAUGGCCACCAGGCAUAGCAUCCCUUGAUGAAUCCCUCGCAUCCUAUAAUAUCAUCACGAAACGCAACCCCACUCGAGAUUCGGAUUUCAACGACCCGGAAAUCGUGGCCCUUAUGUCGAUCUCGCUCAUUACAGCUGCCAUCAGCGUAUUUGCGGCUUUAUGCGCCUUUUACUUGUUUGUUAGGAUGAGGAGGAGCUUCCGUCAUGACUUAAUUAUGCUUUUGAUUCAGAGCGAUAUGACCAAGGCACUCUGGCUCGUGGUCUGCCCGCUUGCUUUCUUCGCUAGGAAACCGAUCGACUCGAAGUCGACCUCAUGUCAAGUCCUGGGAUUUCUCCUUACUAUGAGCGUUGAAGCCUCGGAUAUUGCCGUUCUCUUGAUCGCAGUUCACACGGCCUUGUUUAUUUUAAGGCCCCGGAAUUCCAGUGGCACAGCCGGCCUCUAUCCGUAUAGACGCAUAGCCUACAUCUGUUGGGCCAUCAUUCCUAUCAUCCUAGCAGCAGUUGUACCAAUCACUGGUGGCCGUUUCGAAGAUAACGGUCCCCAGUGCUAUCUACCUGCUCAUCCUGAUUGGUAUCUCAGUGCACUCAGCUGGAUUCCACGAUACAUUAUUGUUGGUGUCAUAGUAGUUACUUACACUUUUCUCUACAUAUACGUUGCUUUUCGAUUUCGAAGUUUCAGCAAAGACCAAAGACGUGCCAGCACAGUACACGGCGACGAUCCUAACCGGAAUCAUAAGCGCGAUCACCGCCGUGACAACAGUGGGGAUGUCCCACCUACACCGCCUUUCACUGACCACGGAUUGCUAGAUUCGGCACGAGAUAGCCUAGCGAAAGAGGAUGAUCCCAUCGAUCAUCAACAGUCAGUUGCCUCAACACUUAGCAGUCUCAAUUGUGGCGGGGACACUCCCACUUCUCUGCGGCGACCCGAACAUUCUCUACGAUGUUCAGUUAGAUGGAAUCCCGUAGAUUUUGCCACCGACGGAUAUUUCGAUCCACGAGCGAGGCGCGGCAGUCAUACAGCCUUUGGUAGUCCCGCUGCCUCAUCGCCGCGCGCGGAAGCAACAAUCCCCAUCCGCCCUCCCGAUUUCGUCCAUUAUAGUCCGCCGAAGUCCUCGCAAUCCACUCGUGGCCAUUCUCGCUGGAAGCAUUCUAUGUCGUUCGGCUCGAAUAGCAUAGCAGCUUCUGUUUCUAAUACGGCUAGCAUCCCGCGACGUGGGUCACCGCAAGCGAAUGGUUCAAGGCGAAGCACAUCAUCAAGUUCCGUCUGCUUGCCUCAAGAAGAAACCGAAGAAGCGAUGAGGCGGUCACGGGAGAAGCAACAGCGACAACUCCGACUCCUAUUCGUUUACCCAUUAAUUUAUAUAAUAACGUGGGUUGCACCAUUUGUGUCACAUAUUCUCCGGUAUGACGGUAGUUACACCUCGCCCGGAGAGAAGUCGGAACCUGUUGCACUGCAGGUCAUCAGCAUCGCGAGUUUGUGUAUCGGCGCUGCCGUCGACUGCUGUUUCUUCAGUGCCUGGGAAAAGCCUUGGCUGCACCUGCGUGGUGGAUUUUGGGAAGGCUUAGCAUCACGGUUGCGGAUACGCAAACCCUCACAACGGCGGCAAAGGGGUAUGGGUCGUACGCGCGAGGAACGGUUCGUAGACGCGACGAUGGCACGUGUACGCCGCGAGCAAGAGGAAAAUCUUGAAAGCUUGAAUAACGGAGCUGCGGCCGCUGGAAGGCCUUCCGUACACUGGACGCGACAGAACACGGCGCCCCGCGAAUGGUGGGACGUAUUAGACAUGGAAUACGAUGAUUCCCCCGGGACGAGCCGCCCCCAAUCACACGAGAUACAAGCAGGAUCUUAA